UAGCUCUCUAAGUGUGUUAUUAUUUUACUCUGUAGCCAAAGUGUGAUCUGCUGCAGCUAUGAGUGCUAUUAUUCCUCGGAUAGAGCAGCUGUCAGCCCGAGUUAUUCGGGUUUUGGGCUGUAAUCCUGGACCGAUGACCCUGCAGGGAACCAACACUUACCUGGUCGGCACUGGAAACAGACGAGUGCUGAUUGAUACGGGAGAGCCUGCUGUACCUGAAUACAUCAGCAAUCUGAAGCAGGUGCUGACGCAGUUCAACGCCAGCAUCCAGGAGAUCAUCGUCACACACUGGCAUCACGAUCACACAGGAGGGGUGGAGGACAUCUGCAGGGACAUCACAGGUUCUGAGGUCCGAGUCAGCAAACUGCCCCGCUCCAUCCAGGUCAAGGAGUCGGCCGGAAACAAGAGCUUCACAUACUUAAAAGAUGGAGAUGUCGUCCAGACGGAGGGGGCAACACUCAAAGUGCUUUUCACCCCGGGCCACACAGACGACCACAUGGCCCUGCUGCUGGAGGAGGAACAGGCGCUCUUCUCUGGAGACUGCAUCCUGGGCGAAGGCACGGCCGUGUUCGAGGAUCUCUACGACUACAUGAGAUCACUGAACACACUGUUGGACUCCCAAGCUGAACUCAUCUACCCUGGUCACGGUCCUGUGGUUCAGGAUGCUGGCUCUAAGAUCAGACACUACAUCAGCCACCGGGACCAAAGAGAGCAGCAGAUCCUGACGGCCAUUCAGACCGGAGAAGGAAAGCCUUUCUCCUCAAUGGAGCUCGUUAAGAUCGUCUACAAGGACACCCCUGAAUACCUGCAUAAAGCAGCUAAUGUGAACUUGGUCCAUCACUUAAAGAAACUGGAGAAAGAAGGAAAGAUCAGCCUGGCUGGAUUCCUAAACUAUAAAUGUAAACUCCUUCCUUCAGUGAAUGAAUCGUCACAGAACGUCAAAUGGAAGAGUAACCUGUGAUGACCCGGAAAUGGACUGAAGUCGAGCUUCGAGCGUCUGGCCGGGAUGAUGAAAAUCCAUCUGGUUGAUUUUUCAGAGGAAAGUGAUCGCCUCAUCUGAGUAAUGUUCAUCAAUAAAUGCCUGAGAUCUGCUGAUUGAUAUGUGUUAAUGAAAAAUCGAGACGAUGAUCAAACUGGUGGCAUUGGAUGUCUCCUGCAGCCUAGUAUAAAGUAGCUAAAGGGUCAGCUGACUGUUGCCUGUGUCUGAAAGAUUAACCACAUCCUACAAUGUGAUCGUUGUGUAAGAACACUCUUUUUAGAUUGCUAAAAAGUAGUGCCAACGCCUUUUGUGUCUCCAGAGGGGGAUGCACGAAAUCUGGUAAUUGCCUUUUGUGAUGUCAGUUGGGGCUGAAGACUACAAGUUAAAAAAAAAGAAGAAAUAAAUCUGGUGGUUUGAGUUUAGAAUGAGUUUACCAAACCUCUGCAGCCUGCUACUUAUUUAUGCUGGGAGCUACAUUAGCUGCUAUAACAGUUUAACAUGUCAGAAUCGUCAGAAUCUCAAGUUGCAUUAUGGGUAAUGUAGGAACCAGGUUUUGACAAGGAGGAAGAAGAGUGCAUGGAAUAAAAAUACAUUAUCUGUG